AUGGGCAAAACUAAAGGACUUGUUGCGCCGGUGAAGAAGGUUGAUCCUAGCUUGGAUGCCUUGUUCGCUACCAGUGUUGGUCCAGCAAAGCCUCGCCCUGCCACAAAGUACUCGGAGCCCCUACCACCGAAGCCCAAGAAGGCGCCAGUUCCUUCCAAGAAACAGGAGGAAGUUAAGGGCGAGGGCGACGACGAGGAAUUGAGCGAGCUCGACGAAGAAUACGAUUCUGAGGUCGGCAUUGGUUCGGACGACGAAGACGAGGAGGCCGAGAACGACAACGACAGCGAAGACGAACAGGCUCAAGCCGCCGAGAUCCUCGAAGCUGUUGUAGAACAAGGAAAGGUCCCGGAAGAAGAUGGACGGAAACGGAAGCGCAAGCAACGCGAUCAGCACGACAAUCUCGAACACAAAUACCUGGCGAAAUUGGCGGAGGAUGACGAUGAAGAGCCGGCUGGCAAGCGACGAGGAAACCGACGAAAGAAGGAGACUGCCAAGGCCGAGAAGAAGGAGGACGACGACAGCGAGUCUGAGGAUGAGGUCCCUGCCCACGAAUCGCUAGCGCCCGAUGCUGCCCAGAAUGAGAUCGAAAAGGCCAACCGCACCGUCUUCCUCAGCAAUGUCGCCGUUGAGGCCGUCACCGACCGCGCGGCCAAGAAGACAUUGAUGAAGCAUAUGGCUUCGGUGUUGGACAAGGAGGCGAAGCCUGCGCAAAAGGUCGAGUCGAUACGUUUCCGCUCGACUGCCUUCGCUACAGCUGCCAUUCCUAAGCGCGCCGCUUAUAUCAAGAAGUCCGUCAUGGAGGCCACCACGAAAUCGACAAACGCCUAUGUUGUUUUCAGCACCCCUGCCGCCGCUCGUCUUGCCUGCUCGAAACUGAAUGGCACCAUUGUCUUGGAUCGCCACGUUCGUGUCGACAGCGUUGCCCAUCCUGCCCCGGUGGACCACAAGCGCUGCGUCUUCGUCGGUAACCUUGGAUUCGUGGAUGACGAGUCAGUGUUGCAAACUAAAGUGAACGAGGAAGGCAAGGAGGUGACCGAGAAGAAGAAGCGGACAAAGCAGCCCAUGGAUGUCGAGGAGGGUCUCUGGAGAGUGUUCGGAAAGGAGGGCGGCAAGGUCGAGAGCGUCCGUGUGGUUCGCGACCCUGUGACCCGUGUCGGCAAGGGCUUCGCCUACGUUCAGUUUUACGAUGAGAACGCCGUCGAGUCAGCCAUUCUUCUCAACGGAAAGAAGUUUCCCCCCAUGCUCCCCCGUGAGCUCCGCGUCAGCCGCUGCAAGGCCCCCCACAAGACCCUGCGCGCCAUCGAAGCCAAGAAGCUCAAGUUGCAGGGCACCGCGCCCGAAACCAUGAAGAAGGGCGGCAACGGCAAGGGCUCCAAGAAGUCCGACUACGCCCCCAAGAUCUCGGCCGAAGCCAAGACCAUCGCCGGUCGCGCCGAGAAGCUGCUCGGCAAGUUCACCGCCCGCCAGGUCAUCGGCUCCGACAAGAAGAACAAGUUCAACAAGCAGGACCGGUACCAGGCCUCGCAGAGGAGGAGUCAGGCCUCGGGCGCCAACACGGAGGCGACCGGCCCCAGAGUUCCCGGCGCCUACAAGUCUCCCGAGAGUUUCAUCCUCGAGGGCAAGCGUGCCAGCGCGGCGGACGGAAAGCCCAAGGAUCUCAAGUUCAAGGGUGCCAAGAAGAACAAGGCGCCGAAUGCGGGUGGUGGAAAGAAGAAGACAGGUCGUGCUGCGGCGAGGGCUUCGAAGUGGAAGGUUCAAGGGAAGGGAAAGAAAUAA